AUGGCCACAGCCGCCGCCGCUGCCAGUUCGGACGACGACGACGACCAAGACGCGCGCCAACUCGCUCCCCCGCCCUCGUACGCCUCGCUCGCGUCCCCGCUCGUCCCGCAGCAGGCGUUCCACUCUCAGCACGCCGACCACCCUCGCCCCGUCCACCCGGCGUUCGACCACGCGUUCGGCGACACGCUCCUCCCGCGAGGCUGCUUCCUCGUCCGCAACGCCGCGCAGGGCAAGGCCCUCGACCUCCUCAAGCACCGUGUCGACGAGGGCGCGGAGAUCGGGCUCCACCCGAUCAAGCAGCCGCAGCUCAAGGGCCUGUCGCUUCAGCACUCGGGCUCGAACCAGCUCUUCUUCCUGUCGUGGGACGGUCACCUCGUGUCGGCAGCCGCCAGCCGAGACGUCGACGUUCAAGACAACCGCCUCGUGCUCACGUUCCCGCACCCGAUUACGACCUACCCCUCGCCUCUGUCGCAUCCUCCACCCCGGUUCCGCCUCGACGCGUCGACCUCGACCCUGCAUGUCCUGUUCAUGGCCGACCCGUCCUUCACCGGGCCCGACGACUCGUCCGACUGGCGCGACGACGACUACAUCGUCGAGGCCGUGCCGCUCAAGCGCAAGCCCGCCGAGCCACCUCUCUGGGCGACGACGCAGGCCAACCAGAUCCUGAGCGCCGUCGGGUCCCGCGCCGUCAACCUCGGAGCUCGAGUCGGCGACCUUCUCGGCCGGCGGUUCUCGCAGCCCGCCUCGCCCAACCUCGACGGCGGCCCGUCGCUGAGACGCAAGCAGUCGGACGAGCUGCCCCUGCCGCCACCGCCACCACCCGACAAGACGCCCGAGAAGGAGGUCCCGCCCGUACCCUCGACCUCGCGUCUCUCCCCUCGUUCCCGCACGUCCACCUCUCCCCUUCCCGCGACACCUCCCGCCGACGACGUCGACUCGGACUCGGACUCGGAGCCGAGCGCGUACCGCCCCGUGCGCGUCGUCCGCCUCGAGCCCAACUGGCGCGACAAGUUCCCGGCCGACGCGCUCCGGGCGGCGCCCAACACGUCGUUCGGCGUCACGCGGUGGCCCUCGUCGGCCAAGGAGCUGCGCAUGUGGCGCCGCCGCCAGUGGGACGUCGUGCCCGUCACGGUGCGCCCCGUCCCGUCGAGCUCGACGAGGGUCGCCGACGACGACGGGUACGUCCUCCCGUCGGACGAGGGCAGCGAGCCCAGCAGCGGCGACGGCGUGACGACGUCGCGCAGCGACAGCAUGAGCUACUUUGACGGCGUCGAGCCGUCGCCGGGCAGCAUCACCGGCGAGUUGUACGGCGGCGCGAGCGAGGAGGAGGACGACGAAGCGGCCGAGAUCACGUCGACCGACUUUUCGCCGCUCGCCAUGAGCGCCACCGAGGGCAUGCCGCCGUCGCCGUCGGGCUCGGCGCUCGGGCAGGCGGGCCAGCUCGCGGGCUUGUCGCUCGGCGGCCUCGAGCCAACGGCGGCGUCGCGCACGAGCGGCGCUUCGCCCUCGCGUCACGCCAGUGCUGUCACCUCUCCCGAAGCGCACCACCCUCUUCCGCUCCCGCCGAGCCCGCCGCUGCCGGGCGUCCCCUUCCCCUCGACCUCGACCUCGACCUCAUCUUCGUCCCGCCCUAUCACGCCCGAGCCUAGCGCUGCAGCUCUCGCGGCCGCCGAGGACGAGGCCGAGAUGCGUACGCCGCGCCCGGACGACCAUGCCGGGGCGACGGGCUCGUCGAGCGCGAGUCGGCAGUGGGGGAGGGCCGAGGGGGAGGAGGCGCGAGGAGGGUCCGAGAGCCCACUCGGCGCCAGGGGGAACGGCUCGACGGCAGCGGUGCUCGGCGAGGCGGAGGAGCAGAGCGAGCGCGAGCAGGAGGAGGGAUCGGUUGAGGAGGAGCGAGGAGGUCAAAGCGGCGAGCGACUGUCGGACGAGGACGUGCUCGAGGGUCGGCAUUGAGGCCUCUGCGCCGUCAAGAAACGCUCUCCUGGUAGCUCUGUGUCGGUGUCGUAUUGUUACUCUGUCUCUUCC